GCCCACGUGCAGGCAAGGAGAGGGCAUGCGAGUGGCUGCCACUGCCUGGGCGGGGCUCCAAGGGCUGCCCCUCCCCACCCUCUGUCCCGUAGUGGUGCCUGGACUCUACUGCCAAGACCAGGCUCACGUUGAGAGGUGGGCUAUGACCUCCGAGGCCUCUUCUGGAAGCCACUGUGCCAGGAGCAGGAUGCUGCGGCGGCGGGCCCAGGAAGAGGACAACACCGUCCUGAUCAAUGUGAGCCCCCCUGAGGCAGAGAAUAGGGGCCCUUACGGGAGCACAGCCCACACCUCGGAGCCAGGUGGACAGCAAGCGGCCGCCUGCAGAGCUGGAGCUGGGAGCCCUGCCAAGCCCCGGAUUGCAGACUUUGUCCUUGUUUGGGAGGAGGACCUGAAGCUAGACUGGCAGCAGAACAGUGCCUCCCGGGACAGAACAGACACGCACAGGACCUGGCGGGAGACUUUUCUGGAUAAUCUUCGUGCGGCUGGGCUGCAUGUAGACCGGCACGACGUCCAGGACGGGAACACCACAGUGCACUACACCCUCCUCAGCGCCUCCUGGGCUGUGCUCUGCUACUACGCCGAAGACCUGCGCCUGAAGCUGCCCUUGCAGGAGUUACCCAACCAGGCCUCCAACUGGUCGGCCGAGCUGCUGGCAUGGCUGGGCAUCCCCAAUGUCCUGCUGGAAGUUGUGCCAGACGUGCCCCCCGAGUACUACUCCUGCCAGUUCAGAGUGAACAAGCUGCCACGCUUCCUCGGGAGUGACAACCAGGACACCUUCUUCACAAGCACCAAGAGGCACCAAAUUCUGUUUGAGAUCCUGGCCAAGACCCCGUACGGCCACGAGAAGAAAAACCUGCUUGGGAUCCACCAGCUGCUGGCAGAGGGUGUCCUCAGCGCUGCCUUCCCCCUGCACGACGGCCCCUUCAAGACGCCCCCAGAGGGCCCACAGGCUCCGCACCUCAACCAGCGCCAAGUCCUUUACCAGCACUGGGCGCGCUGGGGCAAGUGGUACAAGUACCAGCCCCUGCACCACGUGCGCAGGUACUUCGGAGAGAAGGUGGCCCUCUACUUCGCCUGGCUCGGGUUUUACACGGGCUGGCUCCUGCCAGCAGCGGUGGUGGGCACACUGGUGUUCCUGGUGGGCUGCUUCCUGGUGUUCUCAGAUAUACCCACGCAGGAACUGUGUGGCAGCAAGGACAGCUUUGAGAUGUGCCCACUUUGCCUCGAUUGCCCUUUCUGGCUGCUCUCCAGUGCCUGUGCCCUGGCCCAGGCCGGCCGGCUGUUCGACCACGGCGGCACCGUCUUCUUCAGCUUGUUCAUGGCACUGUGGGCCGUGCUGCUCCUAGAGUACUGGAAGCGGAAGAGUGCCACGCUGGCCUACCGCUGGGACUGCUCUGACUACGAGGACAUCGAGGAGAGGCCUCGGCCCCAGUUUGCCGCCUCAGCCCCCACAACAGCCCCGAACCCCAUCACGGGGGAGGACGAGCCCUACUUCCCCGAGAGGAGCCGCGCGCGCCGCAUGCUGGCUGGCUCGGUGGUGAUCGUCGUGAUGGUGGCCGUAGUGGUCAUGUGCCUUGUGUCUAUCAUCCUGUACCGCGCCAUCAUGGCCAUCGUGGUGUCCAGGUCGGGCAACACCCUCCUCGCAGCCUGGGCCUCUCGCAUCGCCAGCCUCACAGGGUCUGUAGUGAACCUCAUCUUCAUCCUCAUCCUCUCCAAGAUCUAUGUGUCCCUGGCCCACGUCCUGACACGAUGGGAAAUGCACCGCACCCAGACCAAGUUCGAGGACGCCUUCACCCUCAAGGUGUUCAUCUUCCAGUUCGUCAACUUCUACUCCUCGCCCGUCUACAUUGCCUUCUUCAAGGGCAGGUUUGUGGGAUACCCAGGCAACUACCACACCUUGUUUGGAGUCCGCAACGAGGAGUGCGCGGCUGGAGGCUGCCUCAUCGAGCUGGCACAGGAGCUCCUGGUCAUCAUGGUGGGCAAGCAGGUCAUCAACAACAUGCAGGAGGUCCUCAUCCCGAAGCUAAAAGGCUGGUGGCAGAAGUUCCGGCUUUGCUCCAAGAAGAGGAAGGCCGGAGCUUCUCCAGGGGCUAGCCAGGAGCCCUGGGAGGCCGACUAUGAGCUUGUGCCCUGUGAGGGUCUGUUCGACGAGUACCUGGAAAUGGUGCUGCAGUUCGGCUUCGUCACCAUCUUCGUGGCCGCCUGUCCGCUCGCGCCGCUCUUCGCUCUGCUCAACAACUGGGUGGAGAUCCGCCUGGACGCGCGCAAGUUCGUCUGCGAGUACCGGCGCCCGGUGGCCGAGCGCGCCCAGGACAUCGGCAUCUGGUUCCACAUCCUGGCGGGCAUCACGCACCUGGCGGUCACCAGCAACGCCUUCCUCCUGGCCUUCUCGUCCGACUUCCUGCCGCGCGCCUACUACCAGUGGACCCGCGCCCACGACCUGCGCGGCUUCGUCAACUUCACGCUGGCGCGCGCCCCGCCCUCGUUCUCCGCGGCGCACAACCGCACGUGCAGGUAUCGGGCUUUCCGGGAUGAUGAUGGGCAUUAUUCCCAGACCUACUGGAAUCUUCUUGCCAUCCGCCUGGCCUUCGUCAUUGUGUUUGAGCAUGUGGUUUUCUCCAUCGGCCGGCUCCUGGACCUCCUGGUGCCUGACAUCCCAGAGUCUGUGGGGAUCAAAGUGAAGCGGGAGUACUACCUGGCUAAGCAGGCGCUGGCUGAGAAUGAGGCUCUUUUUGGAACAAACGGAGCAAAGGAUGAGCAGCACCAGGGCUCAGAGCUCAGCCCCCACUGGACACCCUUCAGGGUUCCCAAAGCCAGCCAGCUGCGGCAGUGACGCCUGGAAGGACAUCUGGUGGCCCUUAGGGGAGCGGCCCCUGCUGAGCCCUGUGAACCGUGUCCUUCUCCUCUUC